CCUUGGGCAAAGCGCCCGGCAGCGGCAGCCUAUACAGGCCCGCAAAAUGGCUGCCCUCCGACGUAGGAGCCGUCGGGCUGCACGCAUUACAAGGACGCCAUUCGUCUGACGAGCUUUAUUCGGCUGCAGGAGUCAAAGCCAUCGAGCCAGACCAGCUGUGGACACCUGAGCCGCCGCACUAAGGCAUCAUGAUCGACGAAGACGAGUUAGAUGAAGUGGAAGAAGGUUUGGUAGAUCUGGCCAUGCGCGGCUGGCGGACGCUCGAUGAGCACCCCCUCGAUCCGCGAAGCAAGCGCGUGCAAUUGGAGCACAACGAGCUGAGCACCCUACCGAAGACCAUCGGCACGUUAGAAUUCAUGUGGAAGCUCGACGUCAGUCACAACAGGUUAGAGGCAUUACCAAGGACGAUCGGCAAGUGCACGCGGUUAAGGAUACUAAACGUCGACCAUAAUUAUUUGGAAGAUAUACCCAAGGUGCGAUCUCGGCGUCCCGUCGUGUUGAGGCGCCUUCACUUCAUUCAAACGACUCGUGUCCAUCUCACCAUGAAGUGGGUGGUUUCUUUUUCGAUUCCGAGGCCAUUCGGACCGCGUCGAGCAACCGCGAUGCUCCGCGCAGGAACUGGGCUCGUGUUUCUUCCUCGAGGAGCUCAACGCCGAGCACAACUCGCUGGUGACGGUGCCGGCGUCGUUGGGUUCCUUGCAGCAGUUGAGGGAACUGCGCCUCAAGCAUAAUCGGUUGGAGACUCUACCCGUGGAGAUCGGCGGCUUAGAUACAUUAGAGGUGUUGGACUGCUCCGAGAACGACCAGCUGGCCAUGGUCCCGCAGAAACUGCGCGACGACUCGGAAAUGGUCAAGUUCGUCAUCAGGCUCCAUUACGACACGCUCCGACACAUCACGCAGAUCAAAGAAAAUUAUAAAGAUGUCAAGGACGCCUUGCAGCGCCAGGAGCACGCCAAUUUAAGGUUGCGGGACGCCAUCGAGCAGUGCAAGGCGGACAAGGAGGCGAUCAUCGAGUCGCUGGUCCCCGACGAGGUCGCCGACACGUGUACCGUGUCCUAAGUUCGGGGUUUAUGUUA